GUACUUUUGGGUGACUGCGAGAAACACUUCAACACUGGACUUGUGUCCACUCCCACCCGGCGCGGUUUCUUCCUUCAGCCAUGUUACUGAUCAGCCCACCACGACGCUGUAAACUAAACACUUUUCCUCGGUUGUAUUCUACACGACACACUGGUCUAAGUGAAGACCAUGGACACAAAGAUGGGUGUUUUUCUCGGUGUAGAUGACCCCGCGCUUCGGGCUGCGCCUCGCAGCAGGUACUCGCCAAUCGGAUUGGAGGCUGCGAUCAGCCUCAUUGUAACAACGCAGUGACGCGAAGAAACGACUUCCUCGACCUUCCCGUCGGCCUAACAGACUCCUUGCGACGAACUAUCCUAGCAUACUAAAUCGAAACGCUCGAACUAUACGAGACACGACUCACGCCACGAGCACUGGGUUUCCGACGCGUCACACUUGCACUUCUAACACCGAUGGCUGAAGCCUUCGGCGUGGCUGCCAGCGCCCUUGCUGUUGCGGAAUUAUCUGCCAAGAUCGUCAAAGUCUGUGCACAGUACACGAACGACGUCGUGAAGGCCAGAGAAGACAUUGAGCGGCUAAAGAGAGAGGUGAGCAGCCUGGGGGAUCUAGCCAAGAGUGUGCAGGAUUUGUUGGAUAAGUCUUCGCAACUCAAAGACACUACACUUGAGAAACUACAAACAAGUCUUGUUGAGAGUCAAACACGUCUGGGAGAACUACGGGCGAAGCUAGUGCAUGGGAAGCGAAAAACUGUCAUGAGGAAGUUUGGUUUCCGUGCCUUGACAUGGCCGUUCAAAAGCCAAGAUGUGGAAAAGACUCUCCAGGACCUGGGGCGCUUGACGCAGGCAAUCUCACUAGCAAUCCAAGUCGACCAGACGGGAAUAUUACUUCAUAUAGAUCAGAAGAUAGCGCUAGCAAAACUCCCUAUAGCAGACGGAGCUGCAUACAAUUCUCACGCCGACGAGCACAACCCACAGUGUCUCCCCGAUACCCGAAUCGAAGUCUUGCGAGAAAUAUCUGGAUGGGCUCAAGAUCCACAUACAAAGACUGUUUACUGGCUGAAUGGCAUGGCUGGGACUGGAAAAUCGACCAUAUCCCGCACGCUAGCACAUAUGUUCUCCGAGAGUGGUGCCCUUGGAGCUACCUUCUUCUUCAAAAGAGGCGAAGGCGACCGUGGUGGAAUGUCAAAAUUUUUUACGACAAUUGCCAGUCAAUUAAUUCAGCAAGUUCCAGAGAUAACCGAGCACGUGCAAGCCGCUAUAGAUGCCGAUCCUGCCAUUAUCUCGAAGGCUUUGCCGGAACAAUUUGACAAACUGAUUAUCGAUCCAGUCUUGAAAACCCUACCUAGAGCUUCCCCCCGUCAGAGUCGUCUAUUAAUUAUCAUUAUCGACGCACUUGAUGAGUGUGAGCGGGAAAAGGAUGUGCAGGUCUUUAUCAGGCUAUUAUCCGGCGCCAAAACACUACAGAAUUUACAACUUAAGUUCUUCCUUACAAGCCGUCCAGAACUACCUAUCCGGCUUGGCUUCAGGGCUAUUGAUGGCAUAUAUCAAGACUUCAUCCUCCACGAAGUUGCAGAGCCGGUUCUCGAGCAUGACAUCGCUAUGUAUUUCAAGCACGAGCUUCGCCUGAUUCAGCAAGAAUUCGAUCGAAGCAACUCUAGAGACCGACAAUUAUCCGCAAAUUGGCCAACUAGAGCCGACCUCCAGACCCUUGUCCAAAUGGCCAUCCCCCUUUUCAUCUUCGCGGCAACGGUCUGCCGUUUCAUCUCCGACGGUCGAGUAGGAAGUCCAGAUGAACAGCUCCAAGAGGUAUUACAGUACCAAUCCAAGAGUCCAAAGUCUCAGCUAGACGCCACUUACCUUCCUGUUCUGAACCAAAUGGUUACUGGCCUUCAUCCAAGGGAUUUGUCUCGGGUCUUGGAGCGCUUCCACAAAGUUGUAGGGUCGAUCAUCGCUCUUGCCAGCCCCUUAUCUAUUUUCGCACUUGCUCAACUGCUCGAUAUUCCAGUGGCUAUAGUCGAUGACGCGCUUAGGACGCUACAUUCUGUAUUGAGCAUUCCUAUAUCGCCGCAACAGCCCGUCCGACCGUUACAUUUGUCCUUUCGCGAUUUCUUAACCGACCCAGCGAGACGUGACGAUCCGUUUUGGAUUAACGAAAAGAAGACCCAUCAUCAACUAGCUAUCCAAUGUCUACGUAUGUUAAACACUUUGAAGACUGAUAUAUGCAAAGUUCGAGCCCCCGGAACAUUCGCCUCGUCCAUACCCUCGAAAGAAAUCAAUGCAAAGUUGCCCUCCGAAAUUCAAUAUGCGUGUCGCUUUUGGACCUAUCAUCUUCAAGCAUCCGGAAUUAAUAAUUCGGAUAUAAAUAACGUUUGGGGCUUUCUCUCAUCACAUUUUCUCCAAUGGUUAGAGGCAUUAAGCUGGAUGGGUAGACUACCAGAGAGCCUUCGUAUGGUCAAAGAUCUACAACUGUUGUUUCCGCCAUUAGUGUCUCAGAAAGUAUCGGACUUUUUGGAAGACUCAAUACGAUUCAUUCUAGCCAUAAGCUCGAGCAUACAACUUGCUCCCCUUCAAGCAUACUCGUCAGCAUUAAUAUUCUCGCCUUAUCAAAGCAUAGUUCGCGGUAUUUAUAAUCAAGAAAUAACGGACUGGAUAGCUCUAAAACCGAAAGUGCCUUUAAGAUGGGGACAAAAUCUCCAAACGCUUGAGGGGCAUACGAGUUGGGUCAGUUCGGUAGCGUUCUCGCCCGACGGCAAGCUCGUGGCGUCGGCGUCUAACGAUCACACGGUAAUCCUCUGGGAUGCCGACACAGGCGAGCGACAGCAGACGCUCGAGGGGCACACGAGUUGGGUCAAUUCGGUGGCGUUCUCGCCCGACGGCAAGGUCGUGGCGUCGGCGUCCGACGAUCACACGGUGAUCCUCUGGGAUGCCAACACGGGCGAGCGACAGCAGACGCUCGAGGGGCACACGGGUUCAGUCAGUUCGGUGGCGUUCUCGCCCGACGGCAAGGUCGUGGCGUCGGCGUCUGGCGAUCACACAGUGAUCCUCUGGUAUGCCGACGCGGGCGAGCGACAGCAGACGCUCGAGGGGCACACGGGUUCAGUCAAUUCGGUGGCGUUCUCGCCCGACGGCAAGGUCGUGGCGUCGGCGUCUGGCGAUUACACGGUAAUCCUCUGGGAUGCCGACACAGGCGAGCGACAGCAGACGCUCGAGGGGCACACGAGUUGGGUCAAUUCGGUGGCGUUCUCGCCCGACGGCAAGGUCGUGGCGUCGGCGUCCGACGAUCACACAGUGAUCCUCUGGGAUGCCGACACGGGCGAGCGACAGCAGAAAAUCGAUAUCGGAACUGUAUCCUACAGCCUGAAAUUCGAUAUUAACAACAAGCACAUUCUUACCGAUAUUGGAACUUUCGCUAUUCAUAAACCAACUGACACCUUACCAGUUAGGAGCUCUCAAGCCCAGCCUUUUGCACCAGACUCCGCGGCCUCUAAUAUGGAAUGUGUUGGCUACGGUAUCAGUCAAGACCAGUACUGGAUUACCUUGGAUGGAAGGAUGAUGCUAUGGUUACCUCCGGCAUAUCGACCGGGAACGUCCGUUAUUAACGGCUCUACUAUUGUAAUUGGUUCCAGUUCCGGUAGAGUUCUUAUUAUACGGCUUGACCGGUAUAGUGAGGGUAAAAUGUUCAAACCGCUUCACUAAGAUCAGUCUCUCUUUAUCGUCCUCUUAUUUCUUGUAUCUUUGCAAAUUAGGGGUCCAGGGAAUAAGAUCUAUUUAUCUUCGAGCAAUCUUGUUAGAAAAGCUUCUAGAAUCUUCUAGUAUUAUCGAUUUUUACAUUAGUUAUAUGGAAUAGUCAUUACGCAAUAA